CAUUGAUUGAUUAUUACCCUCCCCCUCUCCUGAGUCAACCCAUUCGUUGGCCCGAUCAAUUGCUCCGGGAAAGUAAGAUUAAGUAAAGAUGAAGAAUUACUUACCCUCACUCCUCCUCCUCCUCGUCUCCGCUGUGGGAGUCCGAGCGCAGGACAAGAUUGCCGAUGCCGUAGCAGGGGACGGGAAACUAUCCACGCUGCGCUCAAUACUGACCAGCAACCCGGCGCUCGUCCAACUCCUUGACGACAGGUCCUACGGCCAGCGAACCUUCCUCGCCCCUUCAGACACUGCCUUCGCCAAGUACUUCGCCAACACAAACAACACCAGCGCCGGGAGCAAUCCCUCGCAAACGCAGAUGGAGGCGAUGCUAUCGUACCACAUCAUGAAUGGCUCGUUUCCGGCAUCGAACCUGACGUCGCCCGGGGGAGUUGCUGCAGCUACGUUUUUGCAGGACUCGCAGUAUACGAACCUUGGGAGUGGGGCUGCUGGGAAUAUGGUUUUUGCUUCGCGGUACGGGAACUCGGGGGAGGCGGGCGCGGCUGGGAAAUUGGAGGUUUUCGGGGGAGUAGGGGACAGCGCACCCAUCGUGAGGACGGAUAUUAAGUUUGGGAAUGGAUUUGUGCAUGUUGUUGAUGAUCUACUAUCGCUCCCACAGACAUGCACGAGCUCAAUGGGAAGACUAUCCUUAACCUCGCUCCUGCAGGCGCUGGACCGGGCAUCACUGGCUCAAAAACUUGAUACCACCCCGGGCGUGACAUGCUUCGCGCCGACCCAGGAGGCAUUCACCGCGUUAGGAAAUCCGGAGGGGAAACUUUCGCAGGGGGAACUCUCGGAUGCACUUAUGUUACAUACGCUCGGGAAGGCAGCAUACUCGCCAGACCUGAAGCCGGGGACUUGGUAUCCGACUUUAGCGAAUGGGCAGAAUAUCAAGGUACUCCGUGAGGGGGGUUCGCUAUAUGUUACAGGUGAUGGGGGUGGGAAAGCGAAGGUAGUGAGGGGGAAUGUGAUUGUUAAGAAUGGAGUUAUGCACGUUAUUGAUCAGGUUUGUCUUCUUUUUUUUUUCUGCAGUGGGUUUUUCGUUGAAGACGGUGGAGGCUAA